UUGUGAACUGUGCAUACCUGUUGUGCAAGAUCUGUAAUUAACAGAAUCUGGUCCAAAACAACAAAAUCUCCUGGCUUGAAUGUGGAAAAAUGAGCUUCUUGCCAUAAAGUAUACAUAUUACUGGCUGAUAGAUCUCAAAAAUCCCAGAGAGUGAAAUUGUAUCACAUGAGACAGGAAAUAGGCUGCAGAGAAAAAGAAGAGAUGCAGAAUCUGUGUGUUACAUAUGGGAGAACAGAGCAGUGCUGUGGGGAGCACAGACGGACAUUGGAGUUGUUCUGCCAGGAGGAUGAGGCCUUUAUCUGUGUCCUUUGUGUUCCUGGACAUUCAUGUCACAGUUUUAUGUUUCUUAACAAAGCAAUUGAGAUGUAUAAGGACAAGCUGAAAGCAGCCUUAUCAACUCUGGAAUUAAAAAUUGAGGAUCUUAAAGCACUGCAAAACAAGAAUGAGAAGGAACUUUUGGACACACAAGAAAAUGCUUUUAGUUUGGAAGAAUACAUUACACAAGAGUUUGCAAAACUGCACCAGUUUCUACGUGACAGGGAAGAAAAACUACUCCAACAACUUAAUAAAGGAGGAGGAGCAGAAAAUCUGAAGAAAGAGAUGGAAGAUAAUGCUGAUUGCGGAAGUGAUGUUCUCACCACCCAUUUGACAGUUUCUGAUGCUUUCUUAAAGCUUAAGAAAGAAGUAGCAGAGACCUUGGAAAGGAUGGAAGAUAAUGCUGAUCAACUUAAAAAUGAUCUUACGGACACUUGUGAGGCUGCAUUAAAUAGCGCAGAGCCUAGAAAAUGGGAAACUAUUGACUGCCUGACAGUACCAGAGACCUUUGAGGAAGUUGCUGUCAUUUUCUCAGAAGAAGAGUGGAAGAUGUUAAGCAAACAAGACAAGGAGCUUCACAGGGAAGUGAUGGUACAGAACUAUGAAACCUUGGUUUCAGUCGGAUACAAAAUCCCCCCAGAGAAAUUAUUACUGCUUCUUACAGCAGAUUAUGAAGACCUCUCAAAGGUUGUUGUAGAGGAGAAAACUGCCACAGAACAGGACUAUAAGAUUGAAAACAAGCUCAUCUGUAAGAGAACAGAUAUCAGAAGCACAGAGUAUGAUGUGAGCUUCAGUCAACAGUCCUCAUUUGGGGUGCCCCAUUUGCAUCACUCUACAGAGAAACUGCAACAAUGGGGUGAGCCUUUGAAGGGAUACAAGAUGUUUCAUCCUACUCCUGUUUUACAGCACCAUUCAGGACAUAAGUUUAACAAGAUCCCUGAAUGUGACAGUGAAAUGCCCCAAUUACAUCAACCAUCAGAGAACCUGCAGCAGUCUGUGAAGACUGACAAUAUACUUCGUUUCACUCCAGUCUUACAGCACCACUCAGGACAUAACUGUAACAAGAACCAUGAUUGUGACAGUAAAACGCCACAAGUACAUCAACCAUCAGAGAACCUGCAGCAGUCUGUGAAGACUGACAAUAUAAUUCAUUUCAGUCCUGUAUUACACCACCACUCAGGACAUAACUGUAACAAGAACUCUGAAUGUGACAGUAAAACGCCAGAAUUACAUCAACCAUCAGAGAACCUGCAGCAGUCUGUGAAGAAUGACAAUAUAAUUCAUUUCAGUCCUGUAUUACACCACCACUCAGGACAUAACUAUAACAAGAACUAUGAAUGUGACAGUAAAACGCCAGAAUUACAUCAACCAUCAGAGAACCUGCAGCAGUCUGUGAAGACUGACAAUAUAAUUCAUUUUAGUCCUGUAUUACACCACCAAUCAGGACCUAACUGUAACAAGAACUUUAAAUGUGACAGCGAAACUGCGGAGUUAAAUCGCCCAUCAGAGAACCUUCAGCAGUGUGCUGAGCCUGUGAAUGGUUACAAGUUACUUCAUCUUGCUCCAGUUUCACAGCACCACUCAGUACAUAACUGUAAUAAGAACACUAAAUCUGACAGUGCUACACCGCCAUUACAUUACCCGUCACAGAACCUGCAACAGUCAGUGAAGGCUUACAACGUACUUCAGCUCACUCCUGUAUUACAGCACCACUCAGGACAUAACUGUUACAAGAACUCUGAAUCAGACAGUGAAACACCCCCAGUAUAUUCCCCAUCGGAGAACCUGCAGCAGUGUGUACAGCCUGUGAGGGACUACAACAAACCUCAUCUGACUUCUGUCCCACAGCAUCACUCAAGCCAUAACUACACCAAGACCUCUGAAUGUGAGCCAAGUUUUGUACAAAAAAGUCCAGCAAAACAUCAGAUGUAUCACAUAGGGGAAAAACCAUACACGUGUACUGAAUGCGGCAAGUCUUUUUCACUCAACAGUAGUUUGAUUCGUCAUCAAGCCAUUCACUCAAGGGAGAAGCCAUUUAAAUGUGACGAAUGCAGUAAGUCUUUCUCAUGUAGAGGUAAUUUGAUGUACCACCAAGCCAUUCACAAAGGAGAUAAACCAUAUAAAUGUACUGAAUGCUGUAAAUGUUUCACACGUAAAUGUUACCUCAGAAUUCAUCAACAAAUUCACACGGUGGAUAAACCAUAUAGAUGUGCUGAAUGCAGUAAGUGUUUUUCCUGUCGACGCUAUCUGGUACAGCAUCAAGCGAUUCACAGAAGGGAGAAAACAUACAAAUGUGCUGAAUGCAGUAAGUGUUUUUCACAGAGAAGUCAAAUGAUACAGCAUAAAGCCGUUCACAAAGAGGAUAAACUGCAUAAAUGUUCAAAAUGCAGUAAGUGUUUUUCACAGAAGAGUCAAAUGAUUCAACAUAAAGCUAUUCACAAAGUGGACAAAGUGUUUAAAUGCACUGAAUGUAGUAAGUAUUUUUCAAAACGUAAUAGUUUGGUGCUCCACAUGGCAAUUCACAAAGGAGAGAAACCAUAUAGAUGUCCUGAAUGCAGUAAGUGUUUUUCCCAGAGAAUUGGCAUGAUACGCCACCAGGCCAUUCACACAGGUGAGAAACCAUAUAAAUGCACUGAAUGCAGUAAGUGUUUUACUCACAAGUAUAACCUAAAAACUCACCUGCUAGUUCACACAGGGGAGAAACCGUACACAUGUGCAGAGUGCAGUAAGUGUUUUUCACGAAGAAGUGAUAUGAUACGCCACCAAAGUACACACACAGGGGAGAAACCAUAUAGAUGUACAGACUGUAGUAAGUGUUUCACCUAUAAAGAUACCCUAAAAUCACAUCAACGAGUUCACACAGGGGAGAAGCCAUAUAAAUGUGCUAAAUGCAGUAAGAAUUUUUCACGCAAACAAAAUCUCAGAGCUCAUCAACGUACGCAUACAGGAGAAAUCGGACACAAAAGCAAGAAAAAUGCUAGAUGUUUGUCAGAUAUAUAAAAAUAAGUGUAUACCAAGAUUAUAUAUUCCUCACUCUGAAGGAGGUAAGGGCCUCUUCAAAAUUGAUUGUGUAUAGAUCUGCAGUCGUGGGACUGCACAAAUAUCUGCUGAUCUCAUCGAAUCCAAACAGUGUAGAAUUCUCAAGACACAGAAACAUUUCUACGAUGGAUGUAGGCCAGGCUCAGGUGGAGGAUGGCCCCCUGUUGUAGAAGGAAGUAGUAGUCCACAAAAAUUGAUGGGCCAAAAAAGAGUCUUAAAGAUGAUAGAGUGGACUAUUGAGGAUAAGAAAGAAAUUAUGUAUAGUUACUAUUAUGCAGGAAG